UUCUGCCAGGGAGACAGAACAGCUCUACAGCACCAGCAUUAUCUUGUGUUUUACAUAAUUGACCCGGAGAUAUGUGAAUUAUGAGUCUGAUUUGUGUUUUGAUCGGCUGGUCUGAUGAAAUAAUGUGUGUGUUAACUUAAGACGAGCGCUUUAAUUUGAUUUUACACCCGGAAGUGAAGCUGUGCAGAAGUUGUUAGCCUAGCCGCUAACUCUCUUCAUGUGUGUAAAUGACAGAUGAAUGAGUGAUUCAGUGUGAUAAAUCACUCACAACUCAACUGUUUAUAGCGAUUGAAAUCGCAGACUGCCGCUGUCAUGAGUCGUGUAUUGGGCUGAUGUGAGAUGAGUGUGAUAUACAGUCUCUGAUUAGUGUAAUUCAGCUGAUCGAUCACUCUGAUCUUCUGCUGUAUUCAGACAUCAUGAGUAGUACAUUUGGACUGGUGAACUACAGCUCCAGGAAGCACAUCUCUAUAACUGUGCCGUCAUCUACAGAGGUGAUGUCACCUCAUAUCAAAUCAGUGGAAGAGUUGAGAGUGCUGGGCUUCAACCUCAGCAGCUUCAACACACCAACACAGUUCUUCAUUUGUGUGGCUGGAGUCUUCCUCUUUUACCUCAUCUACGGCUACCUGCAGGAGCUGAUAUUCUCAGUGGAGGGGUUUAAACCAUUUGGCUGGUAUCUGACUUUAGUGCAGUUUGGAUUUUACUCUUUAUUUGGUCUAGUGGAGUUACAGCUCACUCAGGAUAAGAGGAGGAGGAUACCAUGCAAAACAUACAUGAUCAUCGCAUUUUUAACAGUUGGGACCAUGGGCCUGUCCAACACUUCACUCGGCUACUUGAACUAUCCUACACAAGUCAUCUUUAAGUGCUGCAAACUCAUUCCUGUUAUGAUUGGAGGAGUCUUCAUACAAGGAAAGCGCUAUAACGUUGCAGAUGUGUCUGCUGCUUUCUGCAUGAGUCUGGGGCUAAUCUGGUUCACACUGUCAGACAGUAAGAUUGCACCUAACUUCAACGUAACAGGAGUCAUCCUCAUAUCUAUGGCUCUCUGUGCAGACGCUGCCAUUGGGAAUGUGCAGGAGAAAGCCAUGAAAAUCCAUAAUGGAUCCAACUCAGAGAUGGUAUUAUACUCUUAUUCCAUUGGCUUUGUUUAUAUUCUGUUGGGUCUGCUGUGUGUGGGGGGGCUUGGACCUGCUGUCUCAUUCUGCUCUCAGCAUCCAGUGACGACCUAUGGUUACGCAUUCUUCUUUUCCCUGACGGGAUAUUUUGGCAUUUCAUUUGUACUAGCAUUAAUAAAGUUGUUUGGUGCACUGGUCGCUGUCACAGUGACUACAGGAAGGAAAGCCAUGACCAUUGUACUGUCAUUUCUGUUCUUUUCAAAGCCUUUCACUUUUCAGUAUGUUUGGGGAGGUCUGCUGGUGCUGUUUGGCAUCUUCCUGAAUGUCUACAGUAAAAACAGAGACAAAAUGAAGCUCCCUUCAUUAGCGGAGCUCAAAAAACGAGUGCUCAGAGGCAGGAAGGUCCGUCUUCUGUCUCAGAACGUGUAGGAGGAUGAACUGUAAAGCAUUCAUGAUGGCCUUCUCCUCCGUCCUACAUCUGGUGGUGCUCAGGUGUGGUCUGAAGCCCAUGUGGGCACAAACACCCACACACAGCCGAGUCAGGACUUGUGGAUUAUGGGGACCUGUUUGAUUCAAAGAGACUGUAAACAAGAGCCAAAAAUGCAAUGAUUUGCACUGGACAAUGAGUGAAACUGAAGAUAGAAAGGGUUUCUAGAGAAUAUAUUCCUUUUUUACUAAUCAUGUCCUGACCAGAAUGUUGGCCUAACAGAGCCAGUGACAUUUUAAAUGAACUUUCACCCACAUGUGCCACAAAAUACUGGCAACAUUCAACACCGAAGUCAGGACUCCAUUUCUUGAGUAAACUGAUUGUACAGGAACAAAAAAAGAAAUCGAUGACUGUGUUUGUUUUAAGGGCUGACAUUCUGAAGUGGAUCAAGUUAUCAGCUUCCACAUUUGCUAAGCGUUUGUUUGGUGAAAGGGUGGCUGUUAUUGCAUUAAAAAAAAUGGAAAGUUGAUUCAGACGGUUUGGAGUGUUUUCAUGAAUAAUGGUGUCUCUUAUCCAUUGGCUCCAGCAUGAAGAGUUGAACGCCUGCCAAGCUCUUCCUCAGAUGUGUCGCCCUGUGAUUGCCCAGGGCCUGUUUGAUUAGUAAUCCUGGAAGAAGAUAGCAUUAGAAAGAAAACAAACAUUGUGCACAGGGCUUGGCUUUAAACCUCAUUUAGAUGAGCAGAACGUCACGUGUGUGUAUGCACAUAUGUGUUUGUGAAUGUGUGUGACAUUUUCAAAGCCUGAGGGAGAUGAUUAUUGUGCCGUUGUUGCCACCUCUCCCUGUACACUUACUGCCAGUUAGCAAACAGCAUUAGCACAGAUAGCGGAGUACACAAAGGACUAACUUCAGUUUGACUGACUUUAAUUUUUCCAUUAUUUGGAACCCUGGACACUCAUAAUCAAAUGUUACAACUUAAAUACGGACCAUACACAAAUAUCACAGUGAACAUCAAGAUACCAAAAUGAAGCUUUCUAAUCCUAAAAUAGUCUUUAGCACAAUCAUCCUUUAUUUAGAUAAAAAAGCUCAGCAACAUAUAGGGUUAACCAAAGGCAUGAGAUUGGGGUGGGAUCCGUUUUUAUUUUCUUUCAUACCAAUGGAAGACAGGAGAGUGUUCAAGAGAACUGUUUGUAGACACUCGUUGUUUUUGCAAUUCUUUUCGACACCACUAAUUGCACAGAAGUUAUACAGUUUAGCUUUAAACUGUAGGAAACGCAGAGAGGACCAGGAGAUUCUGGGAAAGCUUCAGCAGGAUUCUUUAUUGUAGAAGAUUGGAGAAUCAGUCUACACUUCAGAAGGUGCUGUCAUCAAGGUGCUGUCACGCUGCAGUCAUCAAGUUUAACUUAGGGAGGCAUGCAUUGUAUUUUAUAGGCAUUCGGUGGGCAGUCCUUCCAGGUGGAAACAAAGUAUUCAGGUGAACCUUAAACAAAGAAUGCAGUUGAACCCACCACAGACUGGGGUUUCUCCAGCCCUAAUCCAGUCAGCAUAACUAUAUCACACAGACGACUUCAUUUUUUCAUAGAAAUAAGAAAGGGUCAACACCUAUGGCAAUGCAAUGACUCAGACAUUCAUUGAAUCAUGAACAAUGGCCACUAAUUCGCAGAGUGGGUCUGGGGCACCUAGAGCCAUCACAGACAAAAGGUGAUAGGCUUAUGGGGCUUUUCCACUGCAUGUUACUGCUUGAAUCGACUUUUUUAAUUUUUUUACUGUGGAUAGUACCUAGUACCUGGUACUUUUUUUUAGUACCGCCUCGGUCGAGGUUCCAAGCGAGCCAAUACUAAAUGUGACGUCAAAACCCUGCAGAUCACUGAUUGGUCAGAGAGAAUCUAUAAGCUAGAUGGCAGGUUAGCUUUCCCUCGUGCGUCAUCGAGCUAACACAUUGAUGUUCUUGUCUGUGCUUUGGUGCACGAUUUCCCAAACUAAUCGUGGUUUUUCUUAGCAGUAUGUUGUCUUGAGGCCGUCAGCCUCUUUUUAAACAAAGUUUGUCGUCUUGUUGUGAAAAACAGCCACAUGCCGAACAUCAAGGACACCAUUCCUUCUAUAUGCUCCAUUGCUCCUUUGUUGUGUGUUUGUGUCAUGUUGUAUGUUUGUGUCACGUUUAAAUGAUGUCACGGCAGUAUAGGUGGCGCAAGUAUGACAAUUAGCCAAGAAUCCCACCCACGUUGAGGUGGCACUUAACAGCAGCGGAAAAGCUUAAUUAGUAAUUUACUUCCAAUGGAAAGUCGCACCAGGGCUGUAUGGGGUACAGAUCAUCUGCAGACACAGAAUAUUUGGAUGCGUUACAAUCUUUCCACUUGUUUGACUAGAUCAUAUGUGACCCACCAAUCAGAUGGUAUGUUUUCCAUUUAAAACUAUGCGUGCAAAGUGAGAAAUAAAAUGUUUUCUACUAUACUUCAUUCUAAACGCCUGCUAAUUCGGCAGAUUGGAUGGUUAUGAAUGUAGAAGUCCUACGUGAUCAUUCAUCUUGCAA